GGUCGAGCCUGCGCAGGUAGCUCAAGGAAGAGCGGUGCAGUUUUGACUUGGGAGUAAACAAGAUCCCUUUGAAACAAAUUGGAAGGGACGAGCGUCUUCUAUGAAACACACCGACAACAAAUUGCUGUCUUUUUUUUUUACACCAGCGUGGGGUAAUCUGCAAAAAACUGUCAAGAAAAAAAUUUAUGACGUUUCCCGAGUCUUAUCAGUGUAGACGUGGGGACACGUACCGCUCCCUUCUUUCGAUAUUAUGCGUCGACGUUGGCUCCUGGUGAUAUAAACGGCUGUUGUCAGCAAGGGUGGAAGGGGACUUAGUGGACUAUUUAUGAGGCUGAAACUUUCUUUUGCGGCCUAUUAAUGCGUCUGUAUACACGUGACCAUGUUCCUUCAUCUUGACCUGCUCCUCCUCGUCCUCCUCUUCUUCACCUGCGCAGAUCUGGCCUGCGUGAGGAAGUUAUGCUCCAUAGAGGACGCCUCACCAGAGGCAGUGUUUGUGGAUGAAGGAGAGGCAAAUUCGUUCCUGGGUCGUCAUCUGCUGUUCAACCGGUUCGACUUUGAGAUAUUCGUCCCUGGAAACUUGGAAAGGGAGUGUUAUGAAGAGGACUGCAAUUACGAAGAAGCAAGGGAGGUCUUUGAAGAUGCCCAGGCUACUAAUGAAUUUUGGAAGAGAUACACUGCAGAGAAGGACAAGAGACCAUCAAGAGUUGACAUUACUUCCCUCCUGGUGGCACUGGUUGUUGUCGGAGUGAUCUUUGUUCUCGUGGGCCUACUUGGCUGGUAUUUUUGUCCGGGCAAAUGUAAAGAUGACUUCAGCCGAGCCAGCUCAGUUCGGGUUCGUCCUAGGAGGAGCAAUGCCUCCAUCAUCAUACGUCGGCUCGAGGAAGUGUCUUUACAGCCAGUCCUCCCACCCCCGCACCCCAUGGACGAAGUUGAGCCCCCGGGACUGCCCUCAUAUGAGCAAGCCAUUGCAAAAAGUGGACAACACGAUGCCCCACCACCUCCCUAUCCAGGAGCUGGAAGUAUUCGUCGGUAGAGUCUUCAGGAGCUUCACAUCUACUCUCACACUGUGCUUGUUGACACUGUACAAUGUACACAAAUGAUGACACGAUGCCUGUGCCGCCUGCUUAUCAUCGGGAUUGAGCUAUCCUAUCAAUGCUCAUAUGUUUUUUAUUCACUUCUAAUCUUACGUUUCUAGAGUCUAGACCUGAAAAGUAUUGUCACAGGAGCCUAUAUUGUGCUUUUUGUGCACUAAAAUCCAAACCUUCACUGAAUUGUGUUAGAUUUGAAGAGUAGUUCAAAUGACAAAUUACAGUGGUACCUUGACUUAGGAAUUGACCAAUUUACGCUUUUUUUUUAAGCCAUGGGGCGCUGCUUAACCAACUUUUUUUUUCUCUGACUUUCGAGCAAAAAUUUGAGAAACAAGCACUAGAUGUGACAGUGAUUUUUAACUCACUUCACAUCAAGCAACAAUUUGACACAUAAAAUAUUAACAACAAUCAAUAUUCCAAAAAGAAGUUUCAAGUGGUUUAUUACAUGUCCCACUUGAAAUUUGCUAUCAAAGUAAACAGAAAACAAAAGAAUGUGUGUUUAGAACAGCCACAUAAUUUUGAAUGUCAGAUAGCUUAAACACAAUACAGAAUGCUAUAGAUGGACUAACGAGUUAAAAACGUUAAGCAGCAGAUAUUUGAUCGUAAAUGCUGCAGCAACACAUGUACCCAGACAAUAUAGCAGCAUUCUCAGGCAUAUAUUUUUCUUCGGCUAAUACUACUAAAACUUAAUGAGUCACUUAAUUGUGUAACUUUUUUUUUUGUUUGUUAGUGUCUGUGUGAUUGCAUUACACGGACCCCCCGGUGGCCAAGGCGCACACACCAGAAGGAGCAAACGGUCUGGAACGUAUUGAUGGCAUUUCCAUUCAUUUCAAUGGGGAAAGAUAAUUUGAGAUUGGAAUGUUUUAAAUUAUUGGUGUGGUCACGAAACAAAUUAAACUCGUAAGUCAAGGCACCAUAGUAUUAUAAUUUUUUACCUGAUUUAUUAGUCGUCGAAGUAGGAUCGAGCACUUCCUGUCACUUGUGGCAGUUUAUUUUUUAACAUUAUUUUGUUGCAAUUGUGGGGAUGGUUUUGCUACUAUAAUUAUUGCUUUAAAUAUUUGUCAAGGUGAGUAUGAGACUGAGAACGAUUUUCUGCAACGUGCAAUCACUUGAAUGCUUUCUUCAUGGUGAGAAAAGAGCCUGCAGAAGGUAUUUACAUUAUCAAGAUAUAAAUAUGACCUUAAAUGAAAAUAAAACAUUUUAAAAAUCAGCAAAACAGAUUUUAAGGCUUUGCCUAACCAGACAAAGUCCAGAUUAAAAUGGUCGUGCAAAAUAUAUUCAUCAGAAGGCACCAAGUUUGUUGAAGUUUAUCAUGCAUACUCAAAUCUUAUCUCGAGACUUUGGAUAAAUAAAUAUGUGAAUUCAA